CUCAUCUCUGGCCUUUUCCUUAACCAAUAACUCAAAAUCAUUUCCUUUUUUCUUCUCCAAAAACCUUAAUAAACACAUUCACAAACCCAUUUUCCCUUACAUUAAAAAAACCAAAAAAGUAAAAAAAGAAAUUAAAAUGUCGACGACAUCAUCAGUUCGCCGGCUAAAAGACCGCGGCGGCGCCGGAGUGAAGAUCACCGCUCCUUCAUCCACCAAAAACCUAACCCCACUUUCCAACAAAUCUGGUUCCGUUACGUCCACCGGCGGGGAGAGUCUCCGGCGGUCUGCCGGUAAAGAAAACCCGAGACCCACAUCUCGGGUUCGAGCCGCGACGGCGUCGUCUAAUCAAAAACCGACGCUUCGUGCCAUGCCGAAAAUGGACAAGGCAGCAUCGUCAUCCGCGACGGCGAACGCAGUUGAAGUUGGCGAGCCACGUGCGAGGUGGUCAACGUCGUCGGUGCCGAGAGGUAGGAGUUCUAGUCCAUCAGAGUUCUCUAAGACUUUGUCGAAAACAUCCAGGGUUUCUAAGGUUUCAGUGAAUUCUAGGGUUUUGAAUGACAAAGUGAGUGAAAAUGGGAAUAGGGUUUUGAAAGAAAUGGAGAAAAGUGGUGAACUUUAUGGAAAAUUUGAUGUAAAGUCUGACAAAAUCAAGAAAUCUGAAGUUAAAGUUUCUAAAUUUUGUGAUACAAAAGAGCUUAGCUCCAGCUCAGUUUCAGUAAAAUCAAGUGUGGUUAAUCCUAAUGUGAAAUAUCCUGUUUUAGAUGAAGUGAAGUUGAAAUCUUUGGUCGAAAAGAGUGGGAAUAUUGUUGAGUCUAAUGUGCAAAUUCCUGUUUUAGAGGAACUAAAGGUGAAAUCUUUGGUUGAAAAGAGUGGUAAUAUUGUUGAGUCUAUUGUGAAAGAUUCGAGAUUGGUGACCAGAUCAAAUAGUUAUUCUGGAGUUUCGAAAGAGAAAUGUGUAAAUGAACUAGGAAAGGUUGGCAUGAGUGUGAAUAAGUACCCAAGUAAGUUGCACGAGAAGCUUGCCUUCUUAGAAGGGAAAGUGAAGAGGAUUGCAACGGAUAUUAAGAGGACUAAGGAGAUGUUGGAUAUGAAUAAUCCUGAUUCAUCAAAGUUGAUCAUUUCAGAUAUCCAAGAGAAGAUAUCUGGGAUUGAGAAGGCAAUGGGUAAUGUAGUUGAUGGUGAUGGAAAAAUAGGUUUGCUGAGCUGCAGUAAAAAUGAAAAUGUGGAUGCUGGUGAGAAUAUAUCUGGAGUUGAGAAGGCGAUGGGUAAUGUAGUUGAUGGAGAUGGAAAAGUGAAGAGGAUUGCAACGGAUAUUAAGAGGACUAAGGAGAUGUUGGAUAUGAAUAAUCCUGAUUCAUCAAAGUUGAUCAUUUCAGAUAUCCAAGAAAAGAUAUCCGGGAUUGAGAAGGCAAUGGGUAAUGUAGUUGAUGGUGAUGGAAAAAUAGGUUUGCUGAGCUGCAGUAAAAAUGAAAAUGUGGAUGCUGGUGAGAAUAUAUCUGGAGUUGAGAAGGUGAUGUGUAAUGUAGUUGAUGGCGACAUCAAAAUAGGUUUGCUGAGUGAAAAAAGGGAAGAAAAACUUGAGGAUGAUGGGAAAAGCUUUGUGAAGGGAUUAAAUGUAGAGCAAUUAGAGGCGAGGUUGUUCCCACACCAUAAAUUGUUAAGAGAGAGGACAUCGUUGAAGACAUUAAUGGGCUGUACCAAAAGGGAGGAACUUGAAUUUGUUGAAUCAACUGGUGAAGUGAAGCUUGAGAAGAAAUCUAUCAGUCCUAUUGAUGAGAACCCUAUUGCUGUGGAGUUCUUGGCUUCUCUUAGUAAGGAGCUAUCUAAAGUUACUACUAGGUGUGAGGAUUCUUGUUUGCAGAUUACCAAUGUUCAAGACGUGGAUGAUGCAGUGACUUUGGAAAAACAAAAUUCCUCUUCGAAACUGCUCAAAGGAAAAGAUAAUGUUGAACAUCUUCUGGCAAGUGAUGAGAGACUUGAAAGUUUUGAUGAUCAAGAGAAUAAACCAGAUAUGAUCAUGGAGGAAGAGCCGGAGGAUAGUUGUACAUAUGAGCUCAAUGAGAUUGGCCGUAAGACUUCUACUGGAGGGUGGUUUGUCUCUGACGGAGAAUCUGUUCUCCUCACGCACGAUGACAGUUCUUGCUCCUUCCAUGAUAUCGUGCAUUGCGAGGAGAAAGCCGAGUAUAAACCUCCUGUUGGGGUCUCAUCAAAUAUGUGGAGAGAUUGUUGGAUAAUUCGUGCUCCUGGUGUAGAUGGUUCCUCAGGGAGAUAUGUUGUGGCAGCAUCUGCUGGAAAUUCCAUGGAUUCAGGUUUUUGUUCCUGGGACUUCUACACUAGAGAUGUGCGAGCCUUUCAUGUCGAUGAUGGAUUUAGUACCGCAAGAGCACCCCUUGCUUCAUUACCCAAUAACCCAAUGUAUAGGAGAAAUACUCUAUCAUCAAUUAUGGCACCACAAAAUCAGCAAUGGUGGUACAAACCUUGUGGACCACUCAUCGUAUCAGGUGCUAGUUGUCAAAGGAUGGUCAGAACUUAUGACAUUCGCGAUGGAGAGCAGAUCCUGAAAUGGGAUUUACAGAGACCAAUGUUGGCUAUGGAUUACUCAAGUCCCUUGCAAUGGAGAAGCAGAGGGAAAGUAGUGAUAGCUGAGACAGAGGGUCUUUCUUUAUGGGAUGUCAAUUCUAUGAGUCCUCAACCACUGCUUUCUGUAUCAUCCUCUGGUCGCCAAAUUUCUGCACUUCAUAUAAAUAAUACAGAUGCUGAGCUAGGUGGAGGAGUUCGACAGAGGGUUAGUUCCUCUGAAGUGGAAGGAAAUGAUGGCGUGUUUUGCACCUCUGAUUCCAUAAAUGUAUUAGAUUUCCGUCACCCUUCUGGUAUAGGUCUAAAAAUACCAAAGGUUGGUGCAAAUGUUCAAUCCCUUUUCUCCCGUGGAGACUCUCUAUAUCUCGGCUCCACGACUGUGAAAUCUGCAGUGAAAAGACAAGUUUCCUCACAGAUCCAGCAGUUCUCGUUGCGCAAGCAGAGGCUUUGCAGCAGCUAUGUAUUGCCAGAAUCAAAUGCUCACUCUCAUUACAUGGCUUUAACACAAGUUUGGGGAAACUCAAACUUUGUUAUGGGAGUUUGUGGACUUGGGCUAUUUGUUUUCGACUCAUAUAAGGAUGAUGCAUUGCAAUCUUCCAUUUUGGAUCAGAACAAUGGGCAGAAUCUGAGAGAAACAAUUGGACCUGAUGAUUUGUAUUCUCCUUCUUUUGAUUACUUAUCAUGUAGAGUUCUACUUAUAUCAAGAGAUCGACCAGCUAUGUGGAGGUAUAUGUUUUAAGUGUUAUAUCUCUAGGUAUAGUUGCUAAGUUAUUUUGUAACUUAAUAUGUUUAAUGCCCUUCUGGUUUGAGGCUUUUGGUGUGAUCUUUACUGUAAUCCAUUUUUCAGUGUGGAUGAACUAUAGAUAGAUUUGCCCUUAUAGCAAUGAGGACAUUGCUAACUUAUAACUAGUCUUUCAUUUUGUUUUAUUUUAACUAUGGCACCUUAAAUGUUAACGUGUAAUGCAUCAAACUUUUGGAUGGAACA